GGCGGCGGCGGCGUGGCCGCGGCUCCGGCUCGGCGCCUCGACGGGGCGGCCAUGGACCCUCCGCGGCCUUUCUGCCAGCCCCGGCCUCGCCCCGGCCCCGGGCCCGGCCCCGCCGUCCCCGCCACGCGGGGGCUCCGCGGGCUCGCCGCUUUCUUCCCCCGUUUACCCUCACCCGGUUCAGCCCAGCCCCGAUUCGCCUCGUCGCCGUUGCCCGCGCUGUUCCGCGGGCUGGGCCUGGAUGAGCCUGUGGAGAGGCCUCUGGGCCGGGGCGGUGCUGGCGAUGGGAAAUCUCCGGUUCCAGCUCCGGUUCCAGCUCCGGUUCUGCCCGGCCCGAUGCAGCAGCAGGAGAAGGGGGCAGCGCUGGCGGCGCUCCCCACACGCGGGCAGAUCCUGUGGAAAAGCAAAGGGGACGCGCUGCCCCCCCAGCCUGGAAGAGCCGUGCCCUCCCUGUGCCCACCCAGCCCCCAGCCCAGCCUGGCGCCCGUGCCCACCCCAGCCGCCCCCCCAGCUGCUGCCAGGCUGGCGCAGGGGACGAAGCCGGUGGCCAAGGGAGCCACUGUGCCCGUGGGGCUGAACUUUGUAAAGAUCCACUGCCAGAACGAAGCUGUCUACCAGUACCACGUCACCUUCAGCCCCGAGGUGGAGUGCAGGAGUGCCCGCUUUGCCAUGCUGAAGGAGCAGCGUGCCGUCACCGGGGAUGUGAUGGCCUUUGAUGGCUCCAUCCUCUUCCUGCCCAUCCAGAUCCCCAAGGUCAGCCUGAAGGCUCAGAGGAAGUGCAGCGGGGAGGAGAUUACCAUCAACAUCCAGAUGACCAAAACCCUGGAGCCCAGCUCGGAUCUCUGCAUCCCCUUCUACAACGUGGUUUUCCACAGGGUGAUGAAAAUCUUAAACAUGAGCCUGGUUGGCAGACAUUUCUUUGAGCCUGCCCAGGCCACCACUCUACAGAAAUACAGCCUCCAUAUCUGGCCAGGAUACGCUGUCAGCAUCAGGAGGAAGGACAGAGGGCUGUUCCUCAUGGUGGAUUCCAUCCACAAGAUCAUCCGCAGCGAGUCCAUCCUGAGCGUGAUGCAAACCAUCCACUCUCAGAGCCAGAGGACGUUCCAGGAGGAGUGCACCAAGCAGCUGGUGGGGAGCGUGGUGAUGACGCGCUACAACAACCGCACCUAUCGCGUGGAUGACAUCGACUGGGACAAGACCCCCAAGGACACUUUCACCCUGGCCAGUGGCCAGGAGAUCACCUUUGUGGAGUACUACAGCAAGACCUAUGGGAUCACCAUCAGGGAACUGGAUCAGCCACUGCUUGUGCACAAGCCCAAGGAGAAACAGAUGCUGAAAGGGAAGCACCAGCUGGAGAUGGUGCUGCUGGUGCCAGAGCUCACCUUCCUCACCGGCCUCUCCGACCUCCGCAAGAACAGCCGCAUGCUGAAGGAGGUGAUGUGGGAGAUGAUCCAGAGCCCCCAGCAGCACUACCAGCGCCUCACCAGCCUGCUGUGCCGCAUCCGCAGCACCCCGGAGGCCUCCCAGGAGCUGGAGCGCUGGGGGCUGUGCCUGGACACUGACAUCUACAGGACCCAGGGUCACAUCCUGCCCGUGGAGCGCAUCAACCUGCGGCACCGCUCCUUCCUGCCCGCCGAGGACCUGAGCUGGCACCGGGAGGUGACCCGGGAGGUGCCCAUCGCCGUGAUCCCCAUCAACUCCUGGCUCCUGAUCUAUCCCAAGAGGCUGCAGCACCUGGCCAAGGACCUGCUGACAGGCAUGAGGAGCUGCUGUGGGGCCAUGGGGAUGCAGGUGGGGCACCCCACAGUGCAGGAGCUGCGGGAUGACCGGAUUGAAACCUACGUCAGGAGCAUCCAGAGCUCCCUGGGGAGCCAGGACAAGGUGCAGCUGCUGCUGUGCAUCAUCCCCAGCAGCCGGGACGACAUCUACGGGGCCAUCAAGAAACUGUGCUGUGUGCAGAGCCCAGUGCCCUCCCAGGUCAUCAAUGCCCAGUCCCUCACGGGCCACCCUGGCAAGAUCAGGAGCGUGGUGCAGAAAGUUCUGCUGCAGAUCAACUGCAAGCUGGGAGGGCAGCUCUGGGGGGUGGAUAUCCCUCUGAAGCAGCUGAUGGUUGUGGGCAUGGAUGUCCACCACAGCAGGAGCCAGGGCAUGCGCUCUGUCAUCGGCUUCGUGGCCAGCAUGAACCACAUCCUCACCAAGUGGUACUCCAGGGUGGUUUUCCAGAUGCCCCACCAGGAAAUCGCCGACAGCCUCCGCCUCUGCCUCUCGCAGGCCCUCAAACGCUUCUACGAGCUGAACCACUCCCUGCCCAUGAAGAUCGUGGUGUACAGGGACGGGGUGUCCGACCCCCAGCUGGACACGGUGCUCAAAUAUGAGGUGCCCCAGCUCCAGAAAAGCUUCCACACCUUCCAAAAUUAUCAGCCCAGCCUGGUGGUGGUGGUGGUGCAGAAGCAGCUGAGCACCAACUUCUACUGCCUGACAGGAGAGGAGUUGGGGUCCCCUCCCCUGGGCACUGUCAUCGACCACAGCGUCACCAGCUCGGGAUGGCAGGAUUUCUUCCUGCUGGCCCAUCACUCCCGGCAGGGCUGCAGCGUCCCCACGCGCUACAUCUGCAUGUGGAACACGGCCAACCUCAGCUCCGAGCACCUGCAGAGGCUGACCUUCAAGCUGUGCCACCUGUACUGGAACUGGCCGGGCACCAUCCGCGUCCCCGCGCCCUGCAAGUACGCGCACAAGCUGGCCUUCCUGGUGGGCCAGGUGCUGCACCACGAGCCCAGCGCCCACUUCAGCGAGCUGCUCUUCUUCCUCUGACCUGCCAGGACCUGCCAGACCGGGGCUGCCCCCGGGAAACCGGGAUGGAGCCGGGGCUGCCCCCGGGAAACCGGGAUGGAGCCGGGGCUGCGCCCGGAAUUCCGCUGCCGUUCGCUCCCCCUGCCAAGGGGGACCCUCCUCAAUCCCCUGGUUUGCUGUUAAUUUAUUGUUUGUUUGCAGUUAAUUUAUUUGUUUGCUGUUAAUUUAUUGUUUGUUUGCAGUUAAUUUAUUAUUUGUUUGCUGUUAAUUUAUUCCUUGUUCGCAGUUAAUUUAUUCUUCGCUGUUAAUUUAUUUUUUCUUUGCGGUUUAGAGCAUCCUGAGGGGUUUUUUUUUGGGAGUUAUCUCCAUGGGGAUGACACCAAAGGAAUAUCCUGCUGGUUUCCAGCCUUCCCAGUAAUUGGGUUGAGUUAAUGAGCCCCAAAAAGUGCUGCUGAUCCCACAGCUCAUCCCUCUGCAGGUGCUGGAUGUAAAUCCCAAAGAUUUUGGGGUUUGGGUUUUUUUUUUUCCUCCCAGUUUCUUGCACUUCCAUAGGUUUAUAAAGUUUUUUUUUUUCUCCCUGGGUUUUUUCAAGCUGCUGUUGAACAAACCAGCUCCAGUUUGGCUGGUUCUCCUGUCCUUGAGGAGUCACUGGUUUUCCAAGGAGAAUUCUUUGUGGAUUCAGGUCGUUACCCCAGGGGAGAGGUUUGAAUUUUCACCUAUUUUAGGUGCUUUUUUUUUUUUUUGCCUCAGUCAGAAGUUGGAAUUCCCUAACUUUUCUCUUCACUGUAACCAGUUUUUUGGUUCAUUCCAAUAAAAUCGUUGCUGGC